AUGACGGCCUGCGACCUGCUGGAGGCCGGCCUGGCCCGGGUGCUCUUCUACCCGACGCUGCUCUACACGGUGUUCCGCGAGAAGAUGCCCAGCCCAGUGCGCCACGGCUGGUACCACCGCAUCGACUCGACGGUGCUGCUGGGGGCGCUGCCGUUGCGGAGCAUGACGGCUCUGCUGGUGCAGGGCGAGAACGUCCGCGGCGUGAUCACCAUGAACGAGGAGUACGAGACCCGGUUCCUGUGCAACUCCUCCAAGGCGUGGAGGCGGGUGGGCGUGGAGCAGCUGCGCCUCAGCACGGUGGACGUGACCGGGAUCCCCAGCCUGACCAACCUCCACAAAGGGGUGCAGUUCGCGCUCAGGUACCGGGCGCAGGGCCAGAGCGUGUACGUGCACUGCAAGGCCGGGCGCACCCGCAGCGCCACCAUGGUGGCGGCCUACCUGAUCCAGGCCUACGGCUGGACCCCGGAGGAGGCCGUGCAGGCCAUCACCAGCAUCCGCUCGCACGUCCUCAUCAGGCCGGCCCACCUGCGGCUGCUCCGACAGUUCCACAAGGAGGUUCUCGCAGGGGCAGGCGACGGAAAGGCUCCAGAUAAAUGUUGCUACAGGAGAAGUUUAAUAGGACCCAACGGAAUCGAGCCUUCGCGUGUGCCAGGGAUGUGUUAA